AUUGGGCGCCGCGCGGUCACGUGGGCCGCAGCCGCUCAGCUCCGCUCCAGUCGGUCAGUCAGCCAGCUCACCUCCACAGCGGCUCUAUCUGGAUCCCGCACUGUAGCUACGUUACAGAGCCAAUUUUCUUCCUUUGGAAGACACUUUCUUUUUUCCACCAUGGGCGACAAGAAAAGCCCAACAAGGCCAAAAAGACAAGCCAAAUCUACGGUAGAAGAAGGGUUUUGGGAUUGUAGCGUCUGCACCUACAGGAACAGCGCCGAAGCCUUCAAAUGCAGCAUCUGCGACGUACGGAAGGGCACAUCGACGAGGAAACCCCGGAUCAACUCUCAGCUUGUGGCCCAGCAGGUGGCCCAACAGUACGCCACCCCUCCCCCGCCGAAGAAGGAGAAGAGGGAGCGGACCGAGCGGCCGGAGAAGGACCGGCAGGACGGCGACCGGCCCGACAGGGUCCACCCGGACGAGGAGACGCCCGAGCAGGUUCUCCCCGACCUGGAGUGGCCUGACGGUAUCCGUCCCGAAGCCAAUCAGGUCCACCCAGACGAGGAGAAGCUGCAGAUGGAGAGGCUCGACAAAGAGAAGCCGGACAGAGAAAAAGACGUCACUCCCACCAAAAAGACCAGUGUCAAAAAGACAAAACCCAAGUCAGACACGCACCAGAGUCCCCCUAGUGAAAAACACAGCGUCCGGUCAGGAAACUCGACGAAGAGCAGCAACUCUCGCAUUUCAAGGCCGAAGCUGAAAAACGUGGACCGGAGCACCGCCCAGCAGCUGGCAGUGACGGUGGGCAACGUGACCGUCAUCAUCACGGACUUUAAGGAGAAGACGCGCUCCUCGUCCACGUCUUCGUCCACGGCAGCGUCCAGCACUGGAUCGGAGCAACAGCAGCAUAGCUCGGGCUCGUCUCGUGCCUCCACCCCGAAAGGGCACCUCUCUACGGGGCACGACGAGUCCUUCUGAGGACGUCCAGCCGGAGGGGUGGGCGAGCUGUGUAAAGAAUGCAAGUGCACUUGGACGUGCAAGCCCCUCCCACCCACGCCUGUCCCCCGAGGGAGCCCGGACACUAACCCAUUCCGUAAUUUUAACACGUUUUCCCCAAGGAUCCUUUGUAAAUGAAUGUGUUGCUGAAUCAACGUUUCUUAUGGAAGAAAAUUUUUGCUCUGCGGUUUCCAUGUACAUUUUAGCCAUUUUAACCACCCGUAUUUGUUAUUUAUUGCUAGUGGCAAUUGUAUAUUUAGCAACAGUUUUCAUUCUAUCCAGACAUUUUCCAGUAGCAGUUUUUGGCUUCUCCCCCCACUUCGGCCCACUGUCCUACACACAGAGACACACGCGCGCACACGCAGAGACACACGCGCGCACACGCAGAGACACGCGCGCACACACACGCAGAGACGCGCGCACACACACGCAGAGACGCGCGCACACACACGCAGAGACGCGCGCACACACACGCAGAGACACACGCGCGCACACGCAGAGACGACACAAAGCAAUUCCUGCAUCUUGACAUGAUGCCUCAACGGGACCCACUGUGAAGAAUGGGACCAUCCAUCCAUCCAUCCAUCCAUCCAUCCAUCCAUCCAUCCAUCCAUUCAUCCAUCCAUCAGUCCUCCCUCUGAAACUGCCAGUAGCACAGCACUGACACCCAGGAGCAAAAAAAAAAACUCCUUGUCUGCACUUAUUCCCCCCACCAAUUAUCCACAAUACACAGACUCAACCUUUCCAAACCAUGGUGGGGGGGUUUUCAGAAGCAUCGGGCAGUUUGCGUUCCAGACGGCCCUGAAACACGCUUCACAUGCGUAGCUUCAGCGAUGGCAGCACUGCAGUUACAGACGGGACAGAAGACGUGCUGGAAUCGCCGGGGGGGUGGGGUAUGUAGUUUAAUUACAUACCCAAAUUUCACGCUUCCCAACUGUGACUCUUGGAGUAUCGUGGUGAAUCAGCUCAUGCUUCCGUCACAGCCAUCU